AUGGGAAAUAAUUGUUGUGUUCCAAAUCAAAAUAAUGGGCCAAGUUAGAUGGGAUACUCAUUUUUAAAUAAAAAUAACUAGGAACUAACUAAAACAGCCAAUUAAAAUAAUCCUAACUUUCUUUCUCCACCAGACUAGAAUUAAUAAGGUACUAAAGUAUCACAAAUAAGUUCAUUGAGAUCGCAUUCUUCUUAGUAAAAAAAAGUACAUCAAGAAAAGCACCCUUUUGAUGAUUAUCAAAAACUUGCAAAUCUUGGUUCUGGUGCUUAUGGAGAAGUAUCUCUAGUUAGGAAGAAGAAAGACGGCAAGUUAUAUGCAAUGAAAGUUGUGAAAAAAGAAAAGGUUGCUAUUAAUAGAAAAAUGGUUGAAGCUACCUUACUAGAGUAAAAGAUUCUUAAAAAAAGCAGACACCCAUUUAUUGUUAAGCUUUCUUAGUCUUUUCAAACAGAAGGCAAAUUGUAUAUAAUUAUGGAAUACAUGGCUAAUGGAGAUUUAUACUCUGUUCUAUAGAAGGUUAAAAGAUUUGAUGAAAAUACAGCAAGGUUUAUUUUUGCUGAGGUUAUACUAGGACUUCAAUAUUUGCAUGAAGAACAAAAUACUAUGUACAGAGAUUUAAAACCAGAAAAUAUUCUAAUUGGAGAAGAUUGUCAUAUUAAACUCUCUGAUUUUGGAUUAGCAAAGCAAUUCGUAAAUAAAGAAGAUAAAGAAAAUGCAUUUUUAGGAACUCCUUAAUAUUUAGCUCCUGAAAUAGUCCUCUAAAAACCCUAUGAUAAAAAUAUUGAUCUUUGGACAUUAGGUAUUCUACUCUUUGAGCUGCUUUCUGGCAAGCCUCCAUUUGGAUCAGGCAAAAACCUAAUGAAAGAUAUAAUUAUAAACAAACCUAUAUUUCCUAGUUAUUUUUCAGCUUAAGCUGUAGACUUAAUCAAAAAGCUUCUUUAAAAUAUUGGCAAUAAAAGAUUAGGCAGCAACAAUUUUGCAGAGUUGAAAUCCCAUCCUUUCUUUGAAAAAAUUGAUUGGGACAAAAUAUAUAGAAAAGAAUUAGAAUCUUUGUUAAAAUAAUAUAUUUCUAAAAAACCUGAUAGAGCAUACCGAGAAAAGACUAUCAUAGAAUCUCCUAGAGCAGCAAAUAAAAAACCUAUGUAUAACUUUCCUGAGUUUACUUACAACCCUAAUUCUCUUCUCAUAGGCGAAGAUCAUGAAAAAAAUUGA